UAGAUGGCGAUCACGGCAAAUACAUACUACUAUGUUUGAAACCAGAAGAAGAAAUACCGGAAGCACAUGUGGAACGCAAACGUGUGCAGGCUUUGAAUGAUACUAUUUCGUGAUAACAACUUUAAAUAGUAGCGUUUACGAGAAAUUACGUGUUGUGAAAGACGUUUACGUCUACAAAGUCAAGAUUUCACCAUGGUUCGACAGAUCCGAGUAAAACGAUUUAAACUGCAGAAGAAGCCAGAGCAAUUUGACGACGAUGACCCUCAAGCCUAUAAGGGUGCGCAAGCCCCCGACAAGAAAUCUACAGACUUUACCAGGGGCGAGGUGGACCGGUUUCAUGAUGAAAAGAUUGCUAAACUUCUUGCCAGUGGUGACAAAGUGGAUAGUGACCUUGAGGAUGGGGAUGAUGAGGAGGAAGUGAUGGCCCUGGAUUACUCUGAGUCUGAAGGAGAUGAAGAGUAUGGUGACGACAAACAAGAAGAGGGGAGUGACAUGGAAAGUGAUCUAGAGGGGAAGAAAGAUGCAGAUCUUCCUAGUGACAUGGCGUGGGGUAACAGAAAGAACCUCUUCUACGACUCAGAUUAUGUGGCUGCCAAAGGGAAAACGCAAGAAGAAGUAGAAGCAGAGGACAAAGAGGAGGAAGAAGAAGCUAAGAACAUACAAAGACGCCUGGCUGCGAAUCUCAGCGAGGAGGACUAUGAUCUCAAUUUAUUUCAGGAAUUCGCUGUGAAGGACGAUAAGACUGCAGAAAAGGAUAAGAAAAUUGUGAAAGACCUGGAUCAGAUGUCCCAGAAAGAGAAGCUGAAGCUGCUGAAGAAGGAGUCGCCUGAGAUGCUUGAGCUUAUUCAGGAUUUCAAGGCAAAGCUGACGGAACUGAAGGAUGAAAUACAGCCGCUCAUUGAGAUGAUUAAGGAUGGACGGAUUGCUCCAGGGAAGGGGGCCGAAUAUCUCAAGACAAAACACCAGCUUUAUCUGAAUUACUGCACAAAUAUCAGUUUCUACCUGGUCCUUAAAGCAAAAAGAAUCCCCGCUCAUAACCAUCCCGUCAUAGAGAGGUUGCUCAACUACAGAAAUCUCAUCAACAAGCUGGGGCCAGUCGAUGCCAGACUGGAGCCCCAGCUUCGCAGGCUGCUAGCCGGGUGGCAGCCGGAGGAGUCCCGCCGCAGGCCUGCCCCUGAGGAGGGCCAAGUUCCUGAACAGGCAGUGGGAGAAGCUAGUGAAGACGACUCAGACUCGGACUCAGAUGAUGAGGAGGCUGCCCUGCGCUUCUACAAAGAGGUUGAGGAAAAGCUGAAGCUCAAGAAGAAGAGAAAUAACAUGGACCCAGAUGCGGACGGAAUGGAGGAGAAUGGAGAUGAAGAAGACGUUCCCACGGAUGCAAAGAGAAAGAUCACAUAUGAGAUGGCCAAGAACAAGGGGCUGACGCCCAAGAGGAAGAAGAUUAACCGCAAUCCCAGAGUGAAGCACAGAGAGAAGUACAGGCGGGCUCAGAUCAAGAGAAAGGGACAGGUUCGGGAGGUGCGACGUGAGGAGACCAGAUACAGUGGAGAGCAUUCCGGAAUCCGCAGUGGACUCAAAAAGAGCGUCAAGCUUGCGUAAAGAACCAGAGAUGUAUAAAUUACGCUGCACAGCAUAGCCAUCAUUUUAACUGUUUAUUCAAGUGCAAUUGCCUGUAUGAAGACCGAUUUUCCUAUUAUAUUUCUAUGAAUCACUUGAAAUAAACUUUUUCUGAUAACCUUUA